GGACGCAGUUGCAACCGCAGCUUCAUCUACUGAAGACGGCGAAAUAAGCUAUUGGACUUUGUGAGAUGCUGUUGAAAGGGAUAGCUCUUGUCUUGCUUGGCGUGUGCGCCGCCUCUGCCGACAGAGACCUCGGCAGCUUUGUGGCUGGACGCCCCACCAAUCAUGGGGUUCCAGGCGUCCAGACCUUCGGCGGCGUACCCUCCUUCCAGCGGCCGCAAGUAGACCCACGACCCCCGAGCUUCCAGCGGCCGCAGGUGGACCCUCGACCUCCAGUCUUCAGCCGGUACGUGCGAUCCGCCAACCAACCACGCCCGCAGACGCAGCCGACACCGCCUCCAGGCUACGUCCCCGCCCAAACGCUGCCGGAGAACCUUUCGCAAGACAAGUCCGCGCAACUGCCGCCGAAGAGCGAGCUGCUGAGGCCUUUCCCUCGGCCGGGGAGACCGCGGCCGCUCCCCGGGACUCUCCCGCAAGGCGGCGACGGAGACCAGAAGACGGCGCAGUUCAACAGACCCACUCGCCCAGGAGGCAUUCCUGGCACAGGUGUUGGUCGCCCCAAACCCCUGCCUGGCCCUCUGCCCCAGCAACCCCAGACGCUCCCCGCGCCCCUGCCCGGGACGCCCGUCGUCCUCCCGGGAAUCCUGCCGGUGAUCCCCGAGACCCUGCCGGCCACACUCCCGGAGGACAAGUCCGCGCCCCUGCCGCCAAAAUCUCAGCUCACCAAGCCUCAGCCCCUUCCAGCUGCCCUUCCGCAGGGUGUCCAGACCCUGCCUGCUGUGCUUCCAGCUCGCCCUCAGACGCUCCCAGCUGACCUGACGGAGGAGAAGAGCGCCCCCUUGCCUCCCAAGUCAGAGCUCACCAAGCCGGCCUCUCGCCCUCAGGAGACCGAAGACGACGAUGGCUUCGCCCCCCUUCCAACGGGCCCUCAGGUCCAGCCCAGACCGCCUCCUGGGGACCUUACCAAGCCCGCCCCCCGACCACCUUUCCCGCAGGUGCAGCCCACGCCUCCGCCAGGCUUUCAGCCCGCGCAGACCCUGCCAGCGGAGCUUCCAUCGGACAAAACAGCUCAGCUUCCUCCCAAAUCGGAGCUUCUGAAGCCCGCCCCCCGACCACGAAGACCCGCCCCAGGACAGCAGACCAAACCAGCCGCUCAGGCCUAGGGCUUCAAGAAGAGUCGCGCUUUACUCUUGCAAAGUCAAUGGCAUGUGACCAUGUCAUAAUUUGAUAUAAAUCUUUAAAGAAAAAUAUUAUCACCCAACAAUAGAUGAAACACUUUUUAUCCAUUCAUAAAUUAAUUGAAUAUGAAAUGUAAAAUAACAGAUUUCCUGUUAUUAUGUUUAUACAAAAAAAAUAUAUAUAUAAACAAAU